AUGAGUGCAAAGAGUCCUGAAGUAGUAGACAAUAUGAUUGAUGAUAGUCUCUUAGGUAUUUUCAUUAUCCUUCUUAUUGUAAUGCUUAGUACUGGAUACGUCUAUAUACAACAACUUCGACAAGGGGAAACUGGACAACAACGUGAGAAUGUACCCACCACUAUCUUUACAAGAAUGACACCGUCUACGACUGGAGCACUUGCAUCAUCAACACGUGGACGUAUGGUCUCAACUACUGAGCUAAAUGAACAGCAAAUACGUCUUCAUUUGAAGUUACCAAUGCGUAAUGGAGCACGUAUCAUUACAAUCAGUGCGGACGUGCUACUGAAGACGGACAAGUUGGAAACGUUGAGCUGGAGAAAUGACGAGAUCCCCAUGAUACUCAUGGAUUUAUCAUAUAUUGCAGAUGUAUAUCUCUUGUAUAAAGUAUCAGAUACAACAGAGAUCGAGCACAUUGAUCGGAUCCGUGACUUUAUCUCCAUGCAUCCACAUUUAAAAAGUAACGCGACAACGGCUGGUGGUAUUCAGGCACACAAGAUUCUCUUCUGCACCACGUCAAUUGGCAAAAUUGCAUUCGUGCGACAAAUUGAACCUCAUGUUCAUGUGGAUGUUGACGCUAAUGUCGUUCGUGAUUUGGAAAAACAUGUGCCAUAUAUUGUGCACAUCUCGACAUCACGUGAGGGUGUAGCAGUGCCUUUGGUCCCGAACGUGGUUCAUGUGGGUGACAGCUUUUCAAGUUACUUCUCGCUCAUUAGCUCAAAAGAACGUCUUUAA